AUUGAACCACUUGCCUACCCGCCGGAUUCCGCUGGAUGCAAGACAUGCACCAAUAGUAGGAACAAUCAACGCAUUCUUUUUUGGGUCUUUUCCCGCUGCCGUUCACUACACCAAGUCCUGCUGAUAGGAUCACCGACGCUCGUUUCAAAUUGGGUCGUUCUUUUCCGAGAAAACUUUCAAGACACCUGGAUACUUGCAUGCCUAGACAAACCUCGGGCCAACUAAAAUAAACCCUCUCUACCAUUACAAAGGUCUUUCCGUGCCUCGAGUAUUCUUAUUCUUAUUCUUAUUCCCGCCGAACAACUCAUACUAUCUCUCUUCCAUUCUAUUUCUUUCUUUUUCCCUCAUUUCUUAUUUUUUGUUCCUCUUUUACGGUCGUAUCGAACACAUUCGUUGAAAGUUGAUCCUCCCGCCGCUGCUCUGAAGGGUAGCAUUUGCUUGACACUUUACACACCUCACGUUUUUAUUUCUCCCUCUUCCACCGGUUUCUUUUCUAUUUUGAGGAGUUGAUACUAUUAUCUCGCAAUGGGCUCGUUUGGUGAUUUGGAGCUUGGUGCGAAGUAUGGCAUCGUCUUGGGCUCUUUGGUGGUCCUGGUGUUUACUGCUGGAUUCUUAAAGCUGCUUUACAUCCGACAUCAAGCCAAAAAGUUCAACGAGGAAGCCAAAGCUAAGGCUGCCAACGAGGAGGGGAAAACGGAACAGAUUGCUCUUAAUCAGAGGGAGGAAGAUGAAGGGGAUCUGUUUGGGAUAAGGGCAUUGGAAAGGGGAUUCACGGGAGGAGUCGCACAAUCGAGACCCACAACCCCAAACACUGCGACCAACAGAUCUACCAGCACGUUGGUACCCUCGGCCGUCAAUAUUCCUUUCGGACAGAAGUCAGCGGUCUCCUUCGCUGGCUCUUCAAGAUCAGAAACAGAUUCGACCCUGACAAUUGAAGUUGGAAAUCCUAAGGGCAUUACCAUUUCAAACGGCCGAACCAGCCCGAGGGCUGGAGAUGUAGCUGUCGACAUGAACUUGAACGUCCCAGAAUCACCUCGAAUGCCUCGAUCACCCGACUCCAGCAAAGCCCCAUCAAUAUACUCGACGCGAUCAUCACCUACAUUGAAACCGAUCUCGGGGGUCGCAAUUCCCUCAAGUGGACUCGGGAUGCAGUUUGGGCAGGAUGGUACGGUUUCCCCUAGAAUGCAAGCAAAAGCUCCCACAAGAGUCGUGACGGGAUCUUCCCGAGGCAUGACUGUCCCAUCGGACUCGGCUUCCCUAGUGGACGGAAGUGAUGGAACACCUCCGCUGUCCCCAUCAAGUUCGAGCUACAGCGUUACACCAAGUGAAGGAAAGUCAACUAACUAUGGCGAUCGUUCAGGCUCACCAUCCGCCUCCCAGCGCCCAUAUCAAGGACAUAACCCUUCGAUAAGGGUCGACGGUCCUGACCAUCCUUGUGAGACCCUUCCCUAGCUACUCCUACGGGUCAGUCUGGAGUGCACAAGCUAACUUUUGUACACAGCUUCACGGCAACGAUAGGGAUGGAUGGGAGCGGCGGUGAAAUAUGUCUAAUGCAGCGUAUGUGGUGGAAAGCAUUGUGAAUAUCCUCCUGGCUUUUAAUUCUUAAUCAUUUUCAACUUUUUUUUUUCUUUUUUCCUUUUUCCUUUUUCUUCCCACGACCCCGAGUACACCACGUAUCGAACACUACCACCACUAGCGAAACCCGGAUAGGGAGUGGAACUUCAUCCUUGAAAUCAUCCACAUCCGCUAUUGGAGCGAUGCAACGGUUGCGAGCGGAAUUGCCAAUCACAUGGAAGGGAGAAGCGGGAGGGAUUUGGGACUCCUUAGACGCAGACCACACCGGGCAAACUGAUUUGCUACCUAAUAAUAACACUGCCAAAUGAUAUCCGAAAUCGCCGUCGCCCGCCAGACCCUGAGUUUCAAUACUUGGUGCCUUACAGGGAUGCUGAGUACUGUACACGACCUUGUAUAGUUUUUUUUUUCCAUUUUUCCCCACCUUCCUUCCUCUGUGGGACCUCUUGUAUCGCUAGAAUAUUGCUUCCUUGUUUGCUGGUGUCUUGUCUGGGGUUCCUAAGAAAUGGUUUGAGGUCAAUCUUUGCUUUGCAUUUUUCCUUGUUUUCGGAGAUUAUAUUUUGCGAAAAGCAUGGCGGUUCUUUGUUUUGAUGUCCUAUACCCCUGUCAUCUCUUUUUUUCUAUCCAAGUUAGAGGGAUUUACGUUCUGUUUUACUGUCGUUACCUCUGUUUUUUCUUCUUUUUUGUUGCUUGCAUAUUUCUCAUGUGGAGCCUGCACAUUGUUUUAUUGUUCUCGAGGAAGGUGGAGGAGGAACACGUUUGGUGGUGGUGACGUACCGGUAUUUCUGAUGGUGGAGGCGUUUGCUUGGGGAUACGAAAGACAAACUUGGUCGGCAAUGAGUGCAAGUUUCGCGCUUGAGUCUUUUCUUUCUCAAGAGUUGUCAUAAAUUUUGUGCAUUUUUAGUUGGAUGCUGUAUGGGGUUCGAACCAGAGGCCGGUAUUGGUGUGUAUAAAGCAUAGAGUGGGGUGGGGGUUGCGGAGAAUUGUAUUGUAUGGUGGUCUACUACAA